ACUGGUCCCACCUGUUAGACCAUUUUCCAUGCGAAUAACAAGCCAGCGGACCUAUUAUAUUCACCGCGUUUGAUAUCCAUCGACCCACCUUGGCAUUAGGUUGGCAUUAGAUACGCAUUGCCCCAUAGCCCUACAUCGCCCUCCAUACCAAGUCACCGAAAACCCUUACAGUGGUACAUACCUAGUAGUGUUGGGUUCUAGGUGUGCCCCAGAGAAAAGAGUUAAAAAAAACUGCCCCUCUCAAGCUCUCUUCCGCCCCCCUCCCCCCCAAACUCGGAGAGCUCUAGGGUCAUCCUGCAUGAGACUUCCGUUACCACACUACUACCACACCUACCUCACCUGUAUCAAUUGGCUUAACUUAUUUAUUUAAAUAUCUCCCUUCCUCAAACAAUGCCCUUCGAUCCAUCAUAUCACGGUCAAUCAGUAUCUAGAGUGAAAAGUCUUGCAAGACACAUGUCUCCACCAUCAGCAACGAGUUUUACCCCGGAGGUUGUCCCUCAGGCACCUGAGGACCCUCUGUUCGGGCUUAUGAGAGCUUAUCGAGCCGAUCAAGAUCCAAAGAAAGUAGACCUAGGCAUUGGAGCUUACCGUGACGAUAAUGCUAAGCCCUGGGUAUUACCAGUCGUGAAGAAGGCAGACGAGAUCCUCCGAAACGACCCCGAGCUCAACCACGAAUAUGCUCCCAUUGCUGGUAUUACCUCUUUUACCGGAAAGGCCGCCGAGUUGAUUCUUGGUGGUACCGACUCACCUGCUAUCAAGGACAAGCGCGUCACUUCUGUACAAACCAUCUCUGGUACCGGUGCCGUACAUUUAGGAGCUCUCUUUCUGGCCAAGUUUUACACAGGAAACAAACAGGUCUACCUCUCAGAUCCUACUUGGGCGAACCACAACCAAAUCUUUAACAAUGUUGGCAUUCCCGUUGCCAAAUACCCCUAUUUCUCCAAGGAGACGAGGGGACUAGACUUCGAGGGCAUGAAAGCCACCCUGCUAGGUGCUCCAGAUCGAUCCGUUGUUUUACUGCAUGCAUGCGCACACAAUCCUACAGGUGUCGAUCCCACCCUGGAGCAAUGGAAGGAACUCGCUCAGCUUGUGCGUUCUAAGAACCACUUCCCCUUCUUCGACUGCGCGUACCAGGGCUUUGCCUCUGGCGAUCUGACGAAAGACAACGCUGCCGUUCGAUACUUCGUCGAGCAAGGCUUCGAGCUAGUAGUAGCUCAGAGUUUCGCCAAGAACUUUGGCCUCUAUGGUGAACGGGCAGGUUGUUUCCAUGUCGUAACUGCUCCAGCGCCAGAUGCAGAGUCCACCAUCAGCCGAAUCGGCUCUCAACUAGCUAUCUUGCAACGAUCCGAGAUUUCCAAUCCCCCGCUAUACGGUGCUCGCAUUGCUAGUACGGUCCUAAAUGACUCUCAGCUCUUUGCAGAGUGGGAGGAAAACUUACGGACAAUGUCUGGCCGCAUCAUUUCCAUGCGCAAGGCUUUGCGAGGGAAGUUGGAAGAACUCGGUACUCCAGGUACCUGGAAUCACAUCACAGACCAGAUCGGCAUGUUUAGCUUCACCGGACUGACGGAACCGCAAGUCCUAAAGAUACGCUCGGACUUCCACAUCUAUAUGACCAAGAACGGUCGUAUCAGCAUGGCAGGUCUGAACACAAAAAACGUCGAGUAUGUUGCCAAGGCGAUUGACAAGAUUGUUCGGGAAGCUCAGUAAAAGAAAUGAGGGGUAUGAUGUCGAGCGACCUGUGUGAAUUUAUGGGCUUUACUGGGGUUUGGUUCGGGAAUAUAACGAAAACGGAUUAGGGCAUGCAACUCUCCUCGUAAAUGCGUCGAAUUUCACUGCUCCGGGCUAACGGCUAGAAUGGAAUAUGAUAAAUGAUAGAUGCAUCGAAUUUCUGCAAUAUCUAGUCCCGUGAGGACUUGAUUAACGUCUGAGGAUACCAGUUCUUUUCUGCUCUGGUCCAAGGCCGAUCAUUGACAUUGCAUCCUCUCAAGUUUUCAACUGCAGAAGCGAGGCUACCUCCGUACGACCGUGGCCACGCCUUGUUCUGUGUUGGAUGCACCAGACUCCUGAUUCAUGCCGUGCCCUCUAGGUGUACUAAUCUCUCAACAUC